ACCACCUCCGUGACUCGUACUCGUGUGCCGCCGGCGCCGUCACGAUCACCUCAAGCAACGAAUGUACAAUCCAUUCCACCCGCCACCCGCGCCGCCUGCAUUCGGCCAGGGCAAGGUUGUACCGGAGGGCCAAGCGUCCCUCUUGUCUAAGCUCAUCUUUGGUUGGCUUGAUUCCUUUCUCGGGGUAGGCUUCACGAGACCCUUACAGAAAGACGACCUCUGGGAACUUCCCACAGAAAGGCAGACAAAUAAUCUCAGCGAUGAAUUAGAGCGGAAUUUUUACACACGUUGUCCACCGGAGAAACGGCCUGUCGAGUUCCGCGACGCCAAUGCUAACCCAUCGUCAUCUACUGCCCGUUCGAGCACGACAGUCGAGCAGGACGAUGUGCCCAAGAGCUCGGAGAAAAAUGCCGAAGACGCCGAGAAAUUUCAGCCCGAACUCGAGAGCGGCGUGACUCCGGCCGGCAAGGGGACGUCCCAGAAGAAGUCAGAGUCGAAGCCGACGUAUGACGCAUCCCUCUUCAGAGCACUGCACACGACGUUCUUCUGGCGGUGGUGGAUUGCUGGAGCGCUGAAGCUCGCCUCAGAUACUUUGAAGACGACCACGCCGCUACUGAACAAGGUUCUGCUCACAUGGUUGACCAACUCUUACACGUAUUACAAGUUCGGCGCUGCGGCUGCGGCUGCAGAGGGUAUCACGAAGCCUCAGGGUAUCGGUUACGGUAUAGGGCUCGGGUUCGCGCUAUUUGUCAUGCAAGAGGUCGCUAGUCUGAUGACGAAUCAUUACAUGCUGCUUACGAUGACUACCGGGCUGUCAGUCCGAACAGGAAUUAUUGGGGCGAUUUUUCGUAAAUCGCUGCGCCUCAGUGGGCGGGCUCGGCUCUCGCACAGCGUUGGGAAGAUCACGACCAUGAUUAGUACGGACGCGACAAGGUUAGACAGAAGUAGCGCAUUCAUACACAACCUGUGGGUUGCACCGAUUCAGAUUGCUAUUGGCGUCGGUUUGCUCCUGAACAACCUGGGAUACUCUGCACUAGUCGGACUCGGCGUCCUCCUUUUCGGUUUCCCUCUGCAGCUUGUGAUCGUGAAGAUGAUGUUUAAGCAUCGCAAGAGGGGUGUUGUGCUGACUGACCAGCGUGUCCGGCUCAGCACGGAAGUCCUGCAGGGUAUUCGGCUGAUCAAAUUUUAUGCAUGGGAGAGCUUCUACGCCCACCAGAUCGGCUCCCUGAGAGAACGGGAGCUGAAAGCUGUCCGCGGUCUUGCACUCGCUCGUGCGAUGCUGAUUGCAGUUGUCACUAUCAUCCCAAUUCUGGCCACAGUUCUGUCCUUCAUUACCUAUGCUCUGAGCGGCCACGAUCUGAACAUUGCCAUCAUCUUCAGCUCACUGCAAUUCUUCAACAUUAUUCGCACGCCUCUCGUCUUCUUUCCACUAGUCAUUGCUAAUUGUGCGGACGCCGCGGUCGCCCUGGGCCGUAUCGGCUCCUUCCUUACGGCUGAAGAGCUCGCAGAGCCGUACAAGAUCGAUAAGUCAUGCGCGUUCGCUGUUGACGUCGACGGUGACUUCCAGUGGGAGACCACGGACAAGGCUGCCGUUGCUGGAGGGAAGUUCCAGGCGGGCAAGUCCAGCGGUCUCGGUGGAAAGGGGGGUGCUACAGGGGACAAGAAGAAGCCAGAGAAGAAGGAGCAAGGAAGGAAGAAGGGGUUGUUUAGGCGGAAGAAGGGAGGUGUCCUGCCGACCGCUGCAAAAGAGGGCAAGACCAAAGAGGGCAAGAAAGACGAGAUACCGUUUGAGCUCAAGGACUUGAAGCUCCAGGUUCCAAAAGGCUCGUUUGUGGCUAUCGUCGGGCGCGUCGGGAGCGGAAAGAGUUCCCUCUUGCAAGCAUUGAUCGGUGAAAUGCGCAAGAAUCGGGGAGAGUGCGUCUUCUCGUCUUCGGUAGCAUAUGUCCCACAAUCGGCAUGGAUAAUGAACGCGACUCUGAAGGAGAACAUACUCUUCGGUCAGCCCGAGGAUAAAGAACAACUCCGUGAAAUCAUCAAGGCGUGCUGCCUCGAGCACGACCUCGAGAUGCUGCCGAAUGGCGAAGACACCGAGAUCGGUGAGAAGGGCAUCAACCUCAGUGGCGGACAGAAGGCCCGCGUCUCGUUGGCUCGUGCAGCGUAUUCUGAAGCAGACAUUGUGCUGAUGGACGACUCGCUCAGCGCGGUCGACGCUUACGUUGGCAAGAGUAUCCUUGAGAACUGCUUGCUGACCGGACCACUCGCUGACAAGACGAGAGUGUUGGUGACACACGCGCUACAUGUCCUCGACAAGACAGAUUACAUCUACGUCAUGGAACACGGAGUGAUCGCUGAGCAAGGCACUUUCCAAGAACUCAUGCACAACAGUGUUCUCUUCUCGCGCGUCAUGGACGAGUACGGCAACCUCGAGAAAGAGAAGGCUGAAAAGGAGCAGAAAAAGGAGCAGGAGAAGGCUGUCGACGGUGCGAAGAAGGAAGGCAAGAAGGCUGGGCUCAUACAGGAAGAAGAGCGCAUUACUGGCUCAGUCGCGGGCAAGGUCUAUGCCAGAUACUUCCGCUUCGCAGGUGGCCUGAUCCAGGUCCCGAUUUUGUUGCUGUUGCUCGCUGGGUAUCAGGGAGCUAGUGUUGCCAAUAACCUCUUCCUGGGCUUUUGGACAGCGCAAAGUAUACACGGCUUCAGGAGCGGCGACUACAUGGGGACGUAUGCAGCGCUCGGUAUAUCUAUCGCUGUCUUCUCUUUUGCGCUGAGUUUCCAUAUCAGUUUGACGAGUCUAUCGGCCGGUCUGCGAAUGUUCAGGGCGUCGCUCUGGGCGGUCCUGCAUUCGGCAAUAGCGUUUUUUGAUACAACCCCCAUGGGACGCGUGAUGUCUCGGCUAUCCAAGGACCAAGACACUGUCGACACAGAGAUUUCGAUGAUUGCCUUCCAACUUCUGUCUACUGCAAGCAAUGUCGCUGGUACCGUAGCACUGGUCUUCUACACGUUCCCACUUCUUGGCAUCAUCUUCGUACCCUUGUUCAUCUUCUACUACGCGACUGCAAUCUUUUAUCGGCGCACCUCGGUAGAGACGAAGCGCCUCGAUUCGCUCAUGAGGUCCGCAUUAUACUCCUCAUACUCUGAAACCUUGACUGGUCUGAGCACCGUACGAGCGUACCGCGAGCAGCCUCGGUUCAUUCACACUGCCGAGCAGGGUCUUAACAUGGAGAACCAGGCGUACUACAUGACUAUUGCUAUCCAACGGUGGCUCAGCGUGCGGCUCGAUUUCCUCGGUAACAUCCUCAUCCUCGGCAUUGCGCUGUUUGCUGCAGGCUUCAGGAAAAGCGUGAAUCCCUCGAAAAUUGGAGUAGUGCUAUCUUACACUCUGAGCAUCACCCAAACUUUCUCCGAUCUCGUGUCUACAUAUGCCCAAAACGAGCAGAAUUUUAAUGCUGUCGAGCGGAUUCUACACUAUACGGAGCUACCAUCGGAGGGCGCCACGACGACGCCGAACGACCCCCCUGCCUCAUGGCCUGAGCAAGGCAAGAUAGAGUUCAAGGAUGUUAACCUGGCGUACCGGGAGGGUCUGCCAUUAGUACUGAAAGAUGUCACGUUCGAGGUCAACCCCGGCGAGAAAGUUGGGGUUGUAGGACGCACGGGCGCCGGGAAGAGCUCAUUGCUUCAGGCACUCUUCAGGAUCGUCAACGUGAAGGCGGGCAGUAUCACCAUCGAUGGUCACAAAACCAGUGACGUAGGUCUUGACGUCCUCCGAAGCCGGCUAGCCCUUGUGCCGCAGGACAGUACGCUAUUUUUGGGCACGCUGCGUGAGAAUCUCGACCCGCAAAAUACACGGACCGAUGCAGAGCUUAUCGAGGCGCUGAAGCGAGCGUGGCUGCUCCCGAAAGAGGGCCCUGUCGACUCGACGACUGAGGCGAAGUUUAGCCUGGACGCAGCCGUGACCGAUGAAGGAUCGAACUACAGCGCGGGCGAGAAGCAACUGCUGGCCCUGUGCCGUGCGCUGAUCAAGAACAGCCGAAUCAUCGUCCUGGACGAGGCAACGAGCAGCGUCGAUGUCGAGACCGAUGCUAAGCUUCAGAGGACGAUUCAGACCGAGUUCGCGUCUUCAACCCUGAUAUGCAUUGCACAUCGCCUGAACACGAUCGUUUACUAUGACCGUGUGCUUGUCAUGGACGGCGGGCGCGUUGCCGAGUUCGACACGCCGCUGAACCUGUUCGACCGCGAAAACUCGAUCUUCCGGUCGCUCUGCAAUGAGGCGGGGCUGAUUAAGCAGGACAUCAUCAGGAUUCGUGCCGGCGUGAAGCAGGGCGAACCUGCGAUCCUGGCAUUAGAGCAGUAGACUGUCGCCAUUCAUCAUCUUCAUUCUCGAUCUUCUUCUCUUGUUCCCAUGAAACAUGCACUAGGCUUGAAUUUAGGGUCAGUUGCACGAACAUACUCCUAACGUCUUGUAGAUGAGAUUACGCACCUUUCCUUGUAGUAAGAGGGUUCACGACACAAUAACGCUUUUUAAA